AUGACUCACUUACAGGCUGGCCUCUCUCCAGAGACCCUGGAGAAGGCCAAGGUGGAGCUGAAAGAAAACCCGGAGACUUUACACCAGGACAUCCAGGAGGUCCGGGACAUGAUCAUCACCCGGCCGGACAUCGGCUUCCUCAGGACAGACGACGCGUUUAUCCUAAGAUUCCUCCGGGCGAGGAAAUUCAACCACUUCGAAGCGUUUCGGCUGCUGGCACAGUAUUUUGAGUACCGACAGCAGAACCUGGACAUGUUCAAGAACCUGAAAGCCACGGACCCGGGCAUCAAGCAGGCCCUGAAGGAUGGUUUCCCCGGCGUGCUCUCCAAUCUGGACAGAUACGGCAGGAAAAUACUGGUCCUGUUCGCAGCCAACUGGGACCAGAGCAGAUACACAUUUGUGGACAUACUGAGGGCUAUCUUGCUGUCCCUGGAGUCUAUGAUUGAAGAUCCAGAGCUGCAGGUCAACGGCUUCAUCCUCAUCAUCGACUGGAGCAACUUCACCUUCAAACAGGCGUCCAAGCUGACUCCCAGCAUGCUGCGGCUGGCCAUCGAGGGGCUACAGGACAGUUUUCCUGCCAGAUUUGGAGGGAUCCACUUCGUGAACCAGCCGUGGUACAUCCAUGCUCUGUACACCGUCAUUCGACCCUUCCUCAAAGACAAGACCAGGAAGAGGAUCUUCAUGCACGGUAACAACCUGAACAGCCUCCACCAGCUGAUCCACCCCGAGAUCUUGCCGUCAGAGCUCGGCGGGAUGAUGCCGCCGUACGAUAUGGGCACGUGGGCGCGAACGCUGCUGGACCAUGCCUACGACGAGGAGACUGACUAUUGUCCGGAGUCCUACACCCUGUCAGUACAAGACCUGGAGAGAGACCUGGAGAAAAACCUGUCCCCAAAAACCAUGAAGAGGUCUCAGUCGGUGGUGGAGCCCGGUGUCCUGAAACGACCAGACAAAGUCAAGAGCGAAGAAGACAACAUGCAGCCGCUGCUCUCGCUGGACUAAACAACACAUCUACAGCUCAAAAUCA